UGCUCUUCUUAGUUCAGUCACUCGGUGCGCGAUGUGUUACUCACAGUGCGGCGGGGACCGCGAAGAGCCCUGGUCGCGGUUGGCAGCAGCAGCAGCAGCAGCAGCCCCGGCAGCAGCGCGGACCCGGAGUGCCCAGGCGCACCCCGGCACCCCGAGCGCGGUGCGGCGGCGGGACUAGUGCGGCCGCGCGAGCCUUAGGCUCGGCCCCUCGACUAGGGGACCCCGACUCUCCGCCCAGCCAGCGAGUCCCCAGGCGCCGCCCGAGAGCCCGGGAGGCAGCGGCCACGGGCAGCCGGGCCAGGCGGCGGCCACCGCCGGCGCUGGGCAUCCUCUGGGGCUCCGGAUCGCGGAGGGUGCUGCGCCACCGCUCGGUGUCGGCCCCCGCCGGCCUCCCCGAACCUUCCCCACCUCCUGGGCCCAAGGGACCUGGGCUCGAGCGGGCGAGCAGGGGUGAGGGAGCAGCCCCCGCCUGCGCCCCCUCUGCUCCCCCCGAGCCCCUUGACACUGGGCUGGGCAUCGCGGCCUGAAGUGCCCGGGAUGGCGAGCCCGCCGCUGCACGGGCCCCCGGCGCCGGCGGGCGGCGAUGGCCCCAACCUCAACAACAACAACAACAACAACAACCACAGCGUGCGCAAGUGCGGCUACCUGCGCAAGCAGAAGCACGGUCACAAGCGCUUUUUCGUGCUGCGCGGGCCCGGCGCGAGCAGCGACGAGGCGACAGCGGGCGGGGGUCCGGCGCCACAGCCUCCGCGGCUCGAGUACUAUGAGAGCGAGAAGAAGUGGCGGAGCAAGGCGGGCGCCCCGAAGCGGGUCAUCUCGCUGGACUGCUGCCUGAACAUCAACAAGCGCGCGGACGCCAAGCACAAGUACCUGAUCGCCCUCUACACCAAGGACGAGUACUUCGCCGUGGCCGCCGAGAACGAGCAGGAGCAGGAGGGCUGGUACCGCGCGCUCACCGACCUGGUCAGUGAGGGCCGCGCGGGUGCCGGCGACUCGGCCCCCACCGCGACCCACGCCGGGUCCUGCAGCGCCUCCUUGCCCGGCACCCUGGGCGGCUCUGCCGGCUCCGAUGACAGCUACGGGCUGGUGGCGCCCGCCACGGCCGCCUACCGCGAGGUGUGGCAGGUGAACCUGAAGCCCAAGGGCCUGGGCCAGAGCAAGAACCUGACAGGCGUGUACCGCCUGUGCCUGUCUGCGCGCACCAUCGGCUUCGUGAAGCUGAACUGCGAGCAGCCGUCGGUGACGCUGCAGCUCAUGAACAUCCGCCGCUGCGGCCACUCCGACAGCUUCUUCUUCAUCGAGGUGGGCCGCUCGGCUGUCACCGGCCCCGGCGAACUGUGGAUGCAGGCUGACGACUCCGUGGUGGCCCAGAACAUCCAUGAGACCAUCCUGGAGGCCAUGAAGGCGCUCAAGGAGCUCUUUGAGUUCCGGCCGCGCAGCAAGAGCCAGUCGUCUGGCUCCUCUGCCACUCACCCCAUCAGCGUCCCCGGCGCGCGCCGCCACCACCACCUGGUUAACCUGCCUCCCAGCCAGACGGGCCUGGUGCGCCGCACGCGCACCGACAGCCUGGCUGCCACCCCGCCGGCCACCAAGUGCAACUCAUGCCGGGUGCGCACGGCCAGCGAGGGCGACGGCGGCGCGGCGGCCGGGACCGGGGCGGCGGGCGGCAGGCCGGUGUCGGUGGCCGGGAGCCCCUUGAGCCCGGGGCCGGUGCGUACACCUCUGAGCCGCUCACACACCCUGAGCGCCGGCUGCGGCAACCGCGCGAGCAAGGUGACGCUGGCGCCGGCAGGGGGCGCCCUGCAACACAGCCGCUCCAUGUCUAUGCCCGUGGCGCACUCGCCCCCAGCAGCCACCAGCCCAGGCAGCCUGUCGUCCAGCAGCGGGCAUGGUUCGGGCUCCUACCCGCUGCCUCCGGGCCCGCACCCGCACCUGCAGCAUCCCCUGCACCACCACGCGGGCCAGCGGCCCUCCAGCGGCAGCGCUUCAGCCUCUGGCUCCCCCAGCGAUCCCGGCUUCAUGUCCCUGGAUGAGUACGGCUCCAGCCCUGGGGACGUGAGAGCCUUCUGCAGCCACAGGAGCAACACGCCUGAGUCCAUCGCCGAGACGCCCCCUGCCAAGGAUGGGAGCGGGAGCGAGCUAUACGGGUACAUGACCAUGGACAGGCCUCUGAGCCACUGUGGCCGCCCCUACCGUCGAGUCUCAGGGGAUGGAGCCCAGGACUUGGACAGAGGGUUGAGGAAGAGGACUUACUCCCUGACCACACCUGCCCGGCAGCGGGCGGUGCCCCAGCCCUCCUCUGCGUCCCUGGAUGAAUAUACCCUGAUGCGGGCCACCUUUUCUGGCAGCUCUGGCCGCCUCUGCCCAUCCUGCCCCACAUCUUCUCCCAGAGUGGCCUAUCACCCUUAUCCUGAGGACUAUGGUGACAUUGAGAUUGGGUCCCAUAGGAGCUCCAGCAGCAACCUGGGCACGGAUGAUGGUUACAUGCCCAUGACCCCUGGAGCGGCCCUCAUGGGUGGUGGCAGUGGCAGCUGCAAGAGUGAUGACUACAUGCCCAUGAGCCCCACCAGCGUGUCUGCCCCGAAGCAGAUCCUGCACCCACGGGUUGCUGCUGCAGCUCUGCCCCCCACCGGCCCUGCAGCGCCGGCACCCACCAAUGUGGCCGGCAGGGCCUUUCCGGUGAACAGGGCCAGCUACAAGGCUUGCUCCCCGGCGGAAAGCUCUCCUGAGGACAGUGGCUACAUGCGCAUGUGGUGUGGCUCCAAGCUGCCUACGGAGAGCACCGACAGCAAGCAGCUUCCCAACGGGGACUACCUCAACAUGUCCCCCAGCGACGCGGGCACCGCGGGAACCCCACCCGACUUCUUCACCGCAGCCUUGCACGGCGCUGGAGAGAUGCUCAGGAGCGUCCCUGGCUACUGCUACAGCUCCUUACCCCGCUCCUACAAGGCUCCCUACACCUGCAAUGGGGACAACGACCAGUACGUGCUCAUGAGCUCCCCCGUAGGGCGCAUUCUGGAAGAGGAGAGGCUGGAGCCUCAGGCCAGCGUGGGGACCACGCACCCGGCCAGCAGCGUGGUGGCUGGGGUGGGUGGGGGCAGCCACGCUCAGCCUCCUCACUCCGUAGUGCCUUCUGCAGGGAGGCAGAGUGGCAGCGGCAGUGGCCGCCCCGAGGGCUUCCUGAACCAGCGCUGCCGGGCAGUGAGGCCCACGCGCCUGUCCCUGGAGGGGCUUCAGACCCUGCCCAGCAUGCACGAGUGCCCCCUACCGCCCGAGCCCAAGAGCCCGGGCGAGUACAUCAAUAUUGACUUUGGCGAGGCUGGAGCGCGCUUGUCGCCCCCGGCCCCUCCGAUGAUGCUGGCUUCGGCAGCCUCGUCGUCCUCGCUGCUGUCUGCCAGCAGCCCAGCCUCGUCCCUGGGCUCUGGCACCCCGGGCACGAGCAGUGACAGCCGGCAGCGCUCCCCGCUCUCUGACUACAUGAACCUGGACUUCAAUUCCCCCAAGUCACCCAAGGCUGAGACCCAGAGCGGGGACCCAGUGGGCUCCUUGGAUGGCCUCCUGUCCCCGGAGGCCUCCUCCGGGUACCCGCCACUGCCCCCGCGCCCUGCCGCCCCCUCCUCCAGUUCGCAGCUGCAGCCACCUCCGCCACCCCCUCCAGGGGAGCUGUACCGCCUGCCUCCUGCACCCACAUCCCAGGGCCCCAGUGCUGCCUCCUCUUCGUCCUCGGAGACUGGGGACAAUGGUGACUACACCGAGAUGGCCUUUGGCGUGGCUGCCACCCCGCCGCAACCCAUCGUGGCCCCCCCAAAGCCAGACGGUGCCCGCGUGACCAGCCCCACGUCCGGCAUGAAGAGGCUGAGUCUCAUGGAUCACGUGUCGGGGGUCGAGGCCUUCCUGCAGGCUGGCCAGCCCCCAGACCCCCACCGGGGGGCCAAGGUCAUCCGUGCAGACCCACAGGGAGGCCGCCGCCGCCACAGCUCGGAGACCUUCUCCUCAACCACCACUGUGACUCCCGUGUCGCCGUCCUUUGCUCACAACCCGAAGCGCCACAACUCGGCCUCCGUGGAAAAUGUCUCUCUCAGGAAAAGCAGUGAAGGGAGUGGCAGCGGCGUCCUCGGUGGGGGUGACGAGCCCCCUGCGUCCCCUCGCCAGCCGCAGCCACCCCUCCCCCAGCAGGCGCGGCCAUGGACACCAAGUCAGCCUGGGGGCCUGGUUGGCUGCCCCGGGGGCAGUGGCUCUCCCAUGCGCAGGGAGACCUCAGCUGGCUUCCAGAAUGGUCUCAACUACAUUGCCAUCGAUGUCAGGGAUGAGCCGGGGCUAUUGCCGUCCCCACAGCAGCACCCACACCUGCAUCCGCAUCCGCAGCCAGGCGACAAGAGUGCCUGGAGCCGGACCCGUAGCCUCGGGGGUCUCAUCAGCACUGUGGGGGCCAGCAGCACCGCUGGGGUGUGUGGGGGUCCAGGCCCUGGAGCGCUGCCCUCCAACACCUAUGCCAGCAUUGACUUCUUGUCCCAUCGCCUGAAGGAGGCCACCAUUGUGAAAGGCUCCUGUGUCCUCCUCUUUCCUCAAAGACUUUGACAAGAACAGUCAAAGCAUCUUUGAGUUGAAUGUGAAGCUUCCGAUUCAGGGAACUAUUAUUUGUUGUUGUUGUUUGUUUGUUUGUUUUUUGGCCCCAAACAUUUCUUCUUUCCCACAGUCCUCUUCCCACCUAUUAACGUUGGACAUGCUCUCCAGGUCCCCACCUGAAACCCAUCUUCUUGAUCUGAGAGUGGGAAAGUUCUGCUCGGAAGGGCCCUGAAGUUCUGACUUCUCCCAGGCUUGUAACCUUCAUUUUUCUCUUUGUUUUCCUGGAGCAGGGCCCCAGCUGAUUCUUGCUGAGCCUCAAAGUUUAUAAAAACAGGCUCGAAAGUCACUUAGGAAAUGAGCAUCCAUUUUUGUGGCCGCUAAAGGGAACAGUUAACCAUUUACAGUUUGCACAUAAACUAUAGGGGCUUUUCCAUUAGAGACAUUCCUUUUCUCCUAAGGGGCUGAAAUAGUAAUGCUGCUUAAACACAACUUAAAAGCAGUGGUUCUCAAACCUGAGCACACCUGGGAGUCACCUGGAGAGGCUGCUGAAACCAGCAUGGCUGGGCUGUGUAAAGUCCCAGGGAUUCUGAUGCAGUAGGUGUGGGGUGUGGCCCAGAAUUUGCGUUUCUAAGAAAGUCUCCAGGUUGUGCUGCUGCUGCUGUCCUUUGAGAACCCUCUCCCAGGUUAGACCCACCCGAGGAGGUAUGAAAAAUAACCUAUGAGGCCUCACGCCAGACACUCAAGUAAAACAUCCAGUGGGCAGAGUGGAGGCAGGAGCGUUUUUCCGUUGCCCAGGUGAUAAUAUGCAGCCAGGAUUUAGAAUCAGUGCUUUAGAGAAAACAAGUGAAGACAGCAUCAUGGGGCUUUUCAAGAACAAUCGGAUAGGCUGGUGCCCCGUAUUGUUCUUCACAUUCUCAUCAAAUAUCCAUGAGGAGAGAGAGACUGCUUGCUUUGCAGCUGGCGGUGCAUUCUGACUGUUUCAAACUUUGAAUGAUGUGGGGGAGAGAGAAAUAAAGGGGUGAGGGAUGUUCCAGGGUUUCUUCUUUAAUUGUGUAGCUGAUUCUCUGCAGGGUUGCUAGUAACAUAGAGGCACUGUGGGAACCACAGAACACAUAGUGGUGGAUGCUGUUCUAAGGUCAACAGUCUGCCGGGGUUACAACAAGGUGAUGAACAAGGUGGCUUAGGGAUCCAUAUGCCAUUUUCUUUUUCUUUUUUUUCUUAGAGUAAACAGAUCAGUUUAAUGCUGUCUAAAUGCAGCAUGUGUUUGAUAAUAUCCAUGGGAUUUAAAAUUAUAGCUGUAGGGUAAGUGCCCUGUUAUUGUAAUAGAACAGAGAAAAAGCUAUUUACGUUUUUAUUAAAACCAUAGAAUGAAAGAUGAAAAGAGUCACAGAAUUGUAAGGGAUGUGGUGCUUCAGUAUCUAAUUAAAUCAAUUGGAAGUUGUCAGAAUGUUUCCCUUAAAUGGUGACUCUCAGCUGAAGGUCAUUUUCCUUGGAGUUACAAUAGGCACUACAGGUACUUCGGAAAAAUUGCUAGUGUGUCAUGGAGUUAAGGAUUAGCUGCCUUUCAAGACAUAAACCAUAUAAACACACCGUAUAACUGGAAUCAAGUGGUGGUGGUGGGGGGGUGUACACACACACAUUUUAUUGGUAUGCCCAAAUGGGUAUAUGCCACAGUGAACAUGAAAGUACAUUUUGCUGAAAUCUGAUUCUAAUCAGAAAAACAGUCUGAGAACAUAACACCUUUUACUGUUUUUGGUGGAGUAGGCGGUAAAAACCUGGACUGGAUUCAGGAGGGCCCCAGGAGUGGGUUCUUGUAGUAACAGGAGGAGUGAGCUGGAGUGUGCUUGCGACUGCAGGCCUAAAAGGAGUCGAGGCCUUUUUGAUAAAGUAGAUACAUUGAGAAACGUGAUUCGUGUAUGAUAUAAUGCCCUUUUCAGACUAGGGAAAAUUUUAAACGGCAAGAGAUAAGUUUAGCUAGGGACCCUGUUUAGCUUGUUUUGUUUUAAGAUUUCCCACCAGUAUAAAAUUCCUUUCAACCUAUAGGAUUCAGGAUUCUGAAAUCAAAACAGCAGUUUGUAUGUUUCAUGGUGGCUGAACAAAGAUGAGGGAUCGUUUUGGUUGCUGUUUUUCCAAAGUCUGUGUGGUAAACACCAUUUUAAGAAGGAAAAGGGUUCUUUUUAAACAAAAUUGAUAAUUGCAAUUGAUCCGUUGUGCCAAACCACAUUUUUUUUUUUAAAAAGGAUCACAUGCCAAAAUGGGUUUCUAGUAAACUCAUUUGAACACAGAGAACAGUAGAAUAGGAAAGAGGAGGGUGUCAUCUUAAUUAAUGUGCAGACUAAACUGUGGUCUGUGAAGCCAGGCAAACAUUUAGAAACUCAGAAUGAGCAUCCACUUGUAUUUAACUCAUGUAUUCCCGUAGACAUUUGUUUGGGGUGCUCAUAAAUAAAAAGCUCACAGAAGAUGAAUAAUUUAAUCCUUGGAGAGAAUAAUUUCUAGAAGGAAGACGUGCAAAGCAUUUCUUUGAAGAUGAACUAGAAAAAGAACUUCCUGGGUUAUUGCGUGCACUGCUCUGGCUCUCAGAAGUGGCAUAUGUUUAUUUCCACAUCGAGCUUAUCGGGUUCUGCAUGGGAAAACCGCACUGCUUAUACUGAAGCAGAAUCAUUUGGGGGCCCUGAGUAGUGUUUGGUAUUUGCAUAAGUGGUGACCAAGACUAAGGUUCCAGCAAUCUUUGAUAGUUGUUUACAAUAUAAUUGGGAGUGGGGGUUAGGUUUCAAUGCUCAAGCCAAUUAAAAGUUAGUACACUUGAGAUAGAUGUACAUAAUGUAGACAUAUUAGUCCAGAGAAAAUAAAAAUUUAAGUCUAAAGUUUGCAUCUCAUUUGUAAGUAGGGGAGGUUAUUUACCGUGUGUUUUAUGUGUGUGUAUGUAGAAAAAUCCAACCAAUCUGUUAGCCUGUAGUUGUUGGGGAAGUUGGGAGUAUGUUACUGAAUUUACUAUGCUUUAAAACUACUUCUAAAAAUUAUCUCUUACAUAUUUUUGUAUUUUGAUUAUAGAUUGGUACAUACCAAAAAUAAGGUAUUUUAAUGUUCGUUUUUAGUGGGAUUUUUAUUCUAAAACUGUUUUUUCUAUGUGUACAAGGCAGAUUAGGUAAGAAUUGCCAUUGGAAGCAUCUGUAUUUAAAUUAUGUUUGAGUAAAAGGGUCUGUUUAUUCAUAGCCUAUGGUAAAAGAAUCAUGGAAUAAGAGGAAUGUUUCCACAGGAACAGUGCAGUCAGGAUGUAUGUUUAAAAGUAUUGCCUGCUGAAGUCUUAAAGCAAAGAAUUUGAACACUUUCAGAACGCCAGUGAGAUUGCUUGACAAACAAUACCCCUUAUUUUUUCUGUGGUGCAUGUUUUUCUGCUUUAGCUGGAUAGCUUUGUCAUAAUAGGAUAAUAAUGUGCCCUGCUUCUACCCUAUUCAUAGUUGUCUAACGAAGAUGCUAAUGAAAACACAGAGGCUUUCGUGAAUGAAAGUCACAUGACUUGUUCUAUUUCCUUUAUUGAAAGAGAAACCUUUACAAAAAUAGUACUUCGUAGAAGGAAGCAUACAUAGUAUGUGGAACACUAAACCAGAAAUCAGGAAACCAGGUUUCCAGUUGCUGAUCUUAAUUAGUCUUUGUGUGACCAGAGGGAAGCCAUUUAAUCCCUCUUUCUCACUUUCUCCAUCUGUAAAAUGGGAUCAUUAUAAGCCUCUCCCUUCAGUGUCACAGGGCCACUGGGAGGGCCAGGAGAUAGUAAACAUUAACAGUGGUUAAGCUCUUCUAAAGAAAUGUGCUAACACAUCUAAUGACGCUAUUGACUCUUGUUACCUUGAAACUGUGAGAAUAUACAGGAAAGAUGCUUUUGUAAAUGGGUGUUCUCUUAGAAAAAGACAAAAACUCAUAGUUGUCUGAAUGGAGCCAAUCAAUACCUAUUUAAGAAAUGUUUGCCUUUUCUGUUUGAUUGCUAGUUCCACCUCAGUCUCCAGGAACCACUGUUUUUUCCCCUCUUUUUUUUUUUUUAACUUUUGUGUUUUUUUUUUUUUCCAUAGAUCAUUAUCAAUUGUAAGGAAAGAGUGUCUUAAAUUACAUAAUAAAAUAACAAUUAAGGAAAAUAGUGCCCUAAUCCUAAAACUAUACUAAGACCAUAUUUUUGAUUACCUUUUUUUAAAUUUGUUUACAUAUUAAGAGAUAUCGUCAAAUGGUGUCAAGAUGAAAAUGUAUAAUUAGAAUAUACAUUUAUUUAAAUUGACAGUUUGGGUUCUUCAUGCUGGCUGCAGUGAAAGGCAAACACAACUCUUAAACUUUCAUUAGUUGAAUCAUCCAUUGUUCAACCCCGGAGUUUCACUCUUUGGGGUUGAUUUAAUUAGAAUGGUCACCCCUGCACUGUUUUAAUUUGUUUGGUUGUCAAACAUUAGGAAAAACUUGUAGUGUAUGGUUCUUCUGUAGUUCCACAGACACACUCCCCCCCCCCCCCAAAAAAAAGGAAUUUUAUUAGAUAGUUAAGGUGUUAUAUCCUUUAGAACUAUUAGUAUUUAAAUGAACGUCUUUCUGAAGAGGAUAACUUGCAGAAGUUUUAUUAACAGCUCAGGUAUAAUGGGUUUUCUGUUAAAAUUCCCACUAAUGCAUUUUCUGUAGAAGCAUAGUUCCAAGAGCUAGUUAACUUUUGGUAUCAGAUUUGGCAAGUGGAGAGGUUUCUUUGUUUUGUUUUUUUUGGGUAGCACAGAAUCAAGUGUUCCCAUUUCACCUUAGAAACUUAAGGGAAAAUGUAACUUUACUCUUUUAUCUGCACUGCCAAGUAGAGUGGGGGAAACACUCGGAGGUAAGCAAAGCGCUACGCCCUGCCCCAAAGGCAGCCCUUCACUGGGGCCACUAGUGGGGACUUCUCUGCAGACUGUACUGCAGACAGGCAGAAUGUGUAUCUCUAUACAAGUCAGGCAAGGCAUUUUCAUGUUGCCGUUUUAGUAGACAAAUGGAAAAAAAUUCCCGAACCUCCGUAAUAAUCAGUUCAUGCUAUUUGUCAGUGGCAGGUUUUGUGAAAACAGAGCUAUCCAAAUUUAAAUGAGAACAUUCUUUCUGUGUUAACUUGGUUGGUUUGAAUGUGUUCUUAGGGACUGCAGUGGUUAUUUUGAAUCAUUCACGGUAGAUUAUUAUAGACAGUUGAUUGGUUGGUUUUUUGUGAACUGGUGAAGUUAUCACUCAAGGUGGAGGAAAUGCUGAGAUUGAUCAUUGCUACUCAUUAUUCGAUUUCUUUCUAGAUAGGUACAGAGACUUAUAUUAACUAUGCACUGAAAUAAAAGGCACAGAAGAAAGUUUGACUAGAGAGAGUUAGAGUUUAUGUUGCAUAUUGUUUGGUGGGCACAAGGAAUACAAUAUACUUCUCUGCAUGGUAUUGGAGCUGAAUUCAUUGAAUUUUGCUGAAAUAGAAUCUGGUUAAAACUUUUAGGCUCCCGAUAACAUAGUCAGUUUAGGGAUUCUGAUUUCUUCAGAGCUAGAAAAAUAUUAAAUUUGCAGAAAGUCACUUCUACAUGUCCAGAAACUUUAUAAAACGAGCAAGCAAAUGCAUCUUUAAACUUGGCCUGUAUUUGUGAAUGUGACAUAGUGCUUUUUCUAUGCAAAUGUAAAAGUAGUUACUUAAAUCAGUCUAUCUUUUGCCUCCAAAUUCUAAGUAUAACUAACAACACCAAAACUUGGUGGGCAAUGAAUGAUUUUGAAAGGACGCUAUUGAAAUUGGAGACGACAAAAAUGUAACCAUUAUUCUGAUCAAUAUAUUUUUUUAUUCUGGUCAAUAUUGAAAGAUAAGUGCAAGCCCGUCUCCCCUUUGCAUCAGAAUAUUUGCCUAAAAUUCAAAAAGGUGUUUUUCUUUACUUCAUAGUGUUAAGACAUUUUUAUAUGUACAGUAUCACAUAACAUCCAAAAACCUUAUGACAUAGACAGGGCCACUUGGAGCCCCAAUUUUUAAAAUAAGGAACCUUCAGCUUCAAGAGGGCUAGUGAUUUCCCCAAGAUUCUCAAGCCAAAGGGAAUAGUGUUGGGCUUCAUACAAAGAUGCUGUUUCACCAGCAUUUUCCUAUAACAUUUUGUUUUUUAUUUCACUUGGGUGAUAAUUUCUCUGUGUGCAUUAUUCAUUGGAGUAAAAUGGAGACAGUUAAGCAGAAAGACCGGACAUUGAAGGAAAGUCCCCUCUGAAGAGUUUAGGAUUUAUACUGCUUUCAGGGUUCUCAUAUUGUCAGGGAUUUUAGGGUCAAAUCAAGUUGGUUGGUUGGUCAUCUGUUCAGGGUGCUUUUUGUUUGUUUGUUUGUUUGUUUUUAGUCUCGCUUCCAGGACUUCUAGUGGUCUGCAAGGUGGAAAACUUACAUUCAUUCUCCUGUUUUUUGUUUCAGAAAAGCAAACUAUAUAUAUUAUACUUGAUAAGAUACCUCCCCAUCACUACCACCACCAAAUACAUUAAAACUCUUUCCACACAGUGUAGUGACAACCAGGGAAAAAUACAAGGUCGUUUUGAGGGAAAAGGGUAGGGGAACCAUUGGCAUUAUAAUGUAACUUAUUUUUAAGGUUGUGAAAACAGAGCCCAAGGGAGGUCGGGAGUCUUUUCCAAGGUCACUGAUUUAAUUAGUUGGUAGGGAUGUUUGUAAAUAUUAUCAAGAAAGAAUAGGGAAUUCUCUGUCUCUGUAGGUCUUUGUGUACCGAUGAAUAACUUUCUCCCAGGAUAUGGCUUGUUCCCUCUAGAACAUUUAGUAUUUGGGGAAGUGGUAUCCAUCUUUUUACUUCGGAA